CGCAAGCUCCCGGACCGGACCUGUCCCUCUGCGCUCGCUCGGCCCGUAGUUCAUGGCCGCCCCUCUGCGUCCCGUGCCGCCACAGCCCGCCCCGCGCCGCCCGCCGCCCACAGCUCCACUGGGCCAUGACACGAGCGACGUCCUGCAGCAGAUCAUGGCCAUCACCGACCAGAGCCUGGACGAGGCUCAGGCCAGAAAGCAUGCCCUGAACUGCCAUCGGAUGAAGUCUGCUCUCUUCAGUGUGCUCAGCGAGAUCAAGGGGAAGACUGCCGUGAGCGUCCAGACGCAGGAAGAGGACCCUCCCGAUGCCCAGCUGCUGAGGUUGGAUAACAUGCUGCUGGCUGAGGGUGUGUCCAGGCCAGAGAAGCGAGGACGAGGAGGAGCAGCGGCAGGCAGCACAGCAACACCAGGUGGCUGUCCAAAUGACAAUAGCAUUGAGCACUCAGACUACAGGGCCAAGCUGUCCCAGAUCCGACAGAUUUACCACUCAGAGCUAGAGAAGUAUGAACAGGCCUGUCGUGAGUUCACCACGCACGUCACCAACCUUCUCCGGGAACAGAGUAGGGUGAGGCCUGUGUCCUCCGGGGAGAUCGAACACAUGGUGAGCACCAUUCACAGCAAGUUCAGUGCCAUCCAGAGGCAGCUGAAGCAGAGCACCUGUGAGGCUGUGAUGACCCUACGCUCACGGUUCCUGGAUGCCAGGCGCAAGCGGCGGAAUUUCAGCAAGCAGGCCACUGAGGUGCUGAAUGAAUACUUCUAUUCCCAUCUGAGCAACCCUUACCCCAGUGAAGAGACCAAGGAAGAGCUGGCCAGGAAGGGUGGCAUCACAGUGUCCCAGGUCUCUAACUGGUUCGGCAACAAAAGAAUCCGCUACAAAAAGAAUACGGGGAAAUUUCAAGAAGAAGCCACCAUGUACACGGGGAAAGCAUCCACAGUCACUAAGACCCGGGUCUCCGGGGGUCAGACCAGCUGCCAGUCCACACCCAGCCCAGACUCCUGUGGCCCCUUCCCACUGACCAAUGGAAGUGACAUGGUUCUCACCCUGCGGACCCUGGCCUUCCUCCAGCCCCCACCUGGAGGAGUCUGCCUACAGCCCCUGGCCCAUGGUAGCUGGCAGAGGGCCACCACCUCACAGCCACCCUCCUCACCUGCCGGAGACUCCGGCAGCUUCAACUCAGACGCGUCUGACUAAGGUUUUGGAACCUGGCUGAGUGCCGCCGUGGAUGUCUGGCCCUGAGUCCUGCUGAUCACCUCAGAAGCCCUGGCUGUGGCUCUGCCCUUUCCAGGCCACUCACCUCCCUGCUUUGGCGCAAUGUUCUUUAAAACAUGAAUUGAGUGGCUGGCAGUGGAGUGUUCGCCUGGGGCUUGUUCUGAGCACCCCAUUAAAGUUUUGACCUGUUUGCA